AUGGCAUCAGACCAGCCUAGAGUUAUUCCUCUCGACGUCGUCAUCACCCAUAAAACUUUAAUUUUCAGAGACAAGACCUGGAGAAAGAGAAUCGAAGGAGAUAAGGUAGUGACAGUUUUAAUGGGGUUUUCUGAUUCCGGCCAAAAUCGAUCAAUUGAUGCUCAAGAAAAUCUGUCGGGUUCCUUUGCACUUUCCGGCGACGAGAAAGAUCAUGUGUUCGAUGAAAUGUGCAGCAAUUCUAGGGUUUACGAUCUUCUCACCAAGGACAUAAUCCACGCCGUAGUUGAAGGUUUUAAUGGAACUGCAUUUGCGUAUGGGCAGACCAGCAGUGGCAAGACUUUCACUAUAUAUCCUCGAAUCAUUCACCGAGCGGUUAGGGAUGUGUUUGAGAGAAUUCACAUGAUGUCGACCCGAGAGUUUCUUAUUCGAGUUUUGUACAUGGAAAUAUAUAAUGAAGAAAUUAAUGACUUUUUGGCUGUGGAGAACCAGAAAUUGCAGAUUCAUGAGAGUUUGGAGCUUGGAAUAUUUGUAGCUGGUCUUAGAGAGGAAAUUGUCAGUAAUGUUUAACAUGUGUUGAAACUCCUUGAAUUUGGAGAAGUGCAUUUAAUACACUUUGAAGAAACAAAUAUGAAUGCUCGGAGUAGUAGAUCUCACACAAUAUUCAGAAUGGUAAUUGAAAGCAAAGAGAAGGACAUUAAUGCAGGUGCUGAUGUCGUUCGUGUCUCAGUCUUGAAUUUGAUAGAUUUAGCUGGUUUUGAACGAAUUGCUAAAACUGGAGCUGGAGGCAUACGUUUGAAGGAGGGAAAACAUAUAAAGAAGAGCUUAAUGAGUCUUGGUAAUGUGAUUAACAAGCUAAGUGAUGGUGCGAAAAAAAGAUUAUUGAUUUGAAUGCAGGGCCAUAUUCCUUAUCGUGAUAGUAAGCUAACCCGUAUACUUCAACCUGCCCUUGGUGGUAAUACAAAAACUUCAAUAAUAUGCACUAUAGCACCACAAGAGGUACAUAUUGAGGAAACAAGGGGAACCCUUCAGUUUGCUAGCAGAGCUACGAUUACUAACUGCGCUCAAGUAAACGAGAUCUUGACAGAAGCAUCCUUACUGAAGAGACAAAAACAAGAGAUAGAAGAGCUUCAUGGAGUUUCAUGCCCUUUGUUAUUGUGCAAAAUCUAUAAAAAUAAAAAAUAAAAUAAAAAACCAUGGACUGUAAAGAUUAUGUUAAAAUGGCCGGCACAUUGUAUUCAUUUAAGCAUAUUCUUGGAAAAGAGAAAAAAAAAAGACUUGAAAUUAUUUGAUGUCCAAAAUUGUCAUUAU